GUGAGGCUUGAUCGAUAUAAGUUGUGUGGGAAUGGGUCCAUAAUAGUAAAUAAUUCGGUACCAACUAUGUUUCAGUUGUCGGCUAAUACACUGUUCGUUUAUGGUCACCUAUGUUUAUUAGUUUGAGUAAUUUUUGAAAUUUUUACUAGUUAGAUAUAACAAAUUCAAGAUGGCUUGUGAUAUCCAAGUAGUAAACCCUUCCGUUCUGAGCAGAAUUGAAAGCUUUAUGAAUGACACUUCGUAUCGAGAAGCGAUAGAAAAUUCUGCAAACUAUAACACUAGAUUAUGUAUUGAAAGAAGAAUGAGGAUGCCUUUCUUAGAUUCACAAACAGGUGUGGCUCAAAAUCAUUCAAGCUUAUUUAUGAGUCCAAGAGAGAGGAUCCCUGGUCUUCAGCAUGGUCAAGUUUACACCUACCCAUCUAAAAGAUGGCGGAAAAAGAGAAGGCAGUAUUUAAUGCAACCUCAAGUACAAUUACGGAGACUGGAUGUAGUUCCUGGAGAGUCUGUUGAUCUCCAUACUAUCAGUACAUUUGAGAACCCAGCUGCUGCAAAUAGUGAGGAUAGCAAAGAUAGUGCUGGUGUAAAAGACGAAUCCCAAGUUAAAUCACAGCCUGACGCAUGGUAUUAUGAAGAGCUGGAAUUGCAAGCUAUGGAAGGUUUUGAUGAUGUUGAUCCAGAUUCGGACUACGAUUAUGAAGAAACGUACAGUAAGAAGAAGAAAAAGAGAGGAGCGCCUGGGAAGCCUGCCAAAAGCUCAACAAUGUCAGAUUCUCCUCAUGCUAAAAAAGGAACUAAGGGAACUGGGCAAGGCAGAGGGAGAAAGAAAGGCAUAAAUUACAGUGAGAUGGGGGAUUCUGAAAAACCAUUUUCAUGCGAUCGAACUAACAACAGAAGAGGAAGAUCAGGACCACAGGUAGUUCCUUCUCCAGCUGCUUCUUCUCAGGAAGAACCUCAGCCAUCAGUACCUCCGCCUCAAGGCCCGCAAGCUACAGCUGUGCCAAAUCCACAGCCGGAAAAGAAACUUUCUUCAUUGCCUGAGAUGUGCGCUGUGCCGACUGGUAAACGUCCUAGGGGUAGACCGAAGCGAAGGUGGGAGAAUUGCGUUAAGGCUGAUCUAGCGGGGCUGGGUUUGGACAGCGACCGGUGGAGGGAGCAAGUAUUAAUAAUGGAACAAAACGAGAAAGAGCGUGCUCCUCCUUCUGCUUAUUGUGAUUUCUGUCUUGGAGAUGCAGUAUCAAAUAAAAAGUCAGGGCAGCCAGAGGAAUUGUUGUCAUGCUCUGAUUGUGGUCGUUCAGGCCACCCCACAUGUUUACAGUUUACUGAUAAUAUGAUAGUAUCAGUUAGAAAGUAUCGAUGGCAGUGUAUUGAAUGUAAAUGCUGUUCAAUAUGUGGAACUUCAGAUAAUGAUGACCAACUUUUGUUCUGUGAUGACUGUGACCGAGGUUACCAUAUGUAUUGCCUUGCACCUCCGCUUCAUACACCUCCUGAAGGAUCAUGGAGCUGCCGAUUAUGCCUCAUUGAGUUUCAUGACAAAUAACAAAUUAAUUAAGAAUGCAUUUUGUUUUAUUUUUUUAAAAGUUUGAUGUUUGCACACUUAUUUUACUAAUGAUAGAAAUAGAAUUUUGUGUACUCGUUAGUAAAUGUAACGCUUACACUCAAUAUCUGUGCAUCUGUAUUUUAAAUUAAUGUAGUUAUAGGUCCAGGGUAUUGUUAUUACAUGAUAUUAGCGAUUAACGAGCAUUAAAUACUUAUUCUAGUGUAAGCAGUGGAAUUGUGUACUUAAGUUUAAAGACACUUGUCUUAGUUUUACUUUAAUUUGUUGAAUAAUAUUGUGAUGAGUUCUUAUUUAUGGCUAGAUUUUAUGUUAAUCUAAAUCCCAUCUAUAUGUUCAGCUAUUAGUAUUUAUUAAAUGUUAUAAUAAAUUUUGCCAGCACAUGUAUCUCACUUUAAUGUGAUCAAAUUUAUCGUGAUUGAAAUUUUAGAAAGCAUUUGACCAUAUAGUAUCUAUAUUAUUUAAUUAUA